GCGCGCAGCGCGGUGCGAGUGCCAGCGCCGAGCCGACGCGAGCGGAGCGAGGUUCUGUCCAGGUCUCCGAGCAGCUCGCCAUGGCUGGCCCGCAGCAGCAGCCCCCUUACCUGCACCUGGCCGAGCUGACGGCGUCCCAGUUCCUGGAAAUCUGGAAGCACUUUGACGCAGACGGAAACGGCUAUAUUGAAGGUAAAGAGCUAGAGAACUUUUUCCAAGAGCUGGAGAAGGCAAGAAAAGGCUCUGGCAUGAUGUCCAAGAGCGACAGCUUCGGGGAGAAGAUGAAGGAGUUCAUGCACAAGUACGACAAGAACGCGGACGGCAAGAUCGAGAUGGCAGAGCUGGCGCAGAUCCUCCCGACUGAAGAGAACUUCCUGCUGUGCUUCAGACAGCACGUGGGCUCCAGCGCCGAGUUUAUGGAGGCUUGGCGGAAAUACGACACGGACAGAAGCGGCUACAUCGAAGCCAACGAGCUCAAGGGAUUCCUGUCUGACCUGCUGAAGAAGGCCAACCGGCCGUAUGACGAAGCCAAGCUCCAGGAAUACACCCACACCAUACUCCGGAUGUUUGACUUGAACGGAGAUGGCAAACUGGGCCUGUCGGAGAUGUCCCGACUCUUGCCUGUACAGGAAAACUUCCUGCUUAAGUUCCAGGGCAUGAAGCUGACCUCGGAGGAGUUCAACGCGAUCUUCACCUUUUAUGACAAGGACGGCAGUGGCUACAUUGAUGAGAACGAGCUGGACGCCCUCCUGAAGGAUCUGUACGAGAAAAACAAGAAGGAGAUGAGCAUCCAGCAGCUCACCAACUACCGGAAGAGCGUCAUGUCCUUGGCCGAGGCCGGAAAGCUGUACCGGAAGGACCUGGAGAUUGUGCUCUGCAGCGAGCCACCCGUGUAAAGGGGCGACAGGGGCUGCGGCUGCACCUCCCCCGCCCCUCCCCUGCUGCUCUGACACUUCUACCCAGACCCAGAGAUCCCGAGCACCCCUCCACCUGCCCCUGCAGCCUGCAGGAGAGGAGAGACGGAUGGGGCAUGGGCUGCGGGUGGCCUCUUGCGGGUCCCCGCCCAGCCCAGCUCUCGCUGAGCCGACUUCUCUGCCCCAAGUGCAUCACCGGCUGCGUGGGAGGAAGGCGGGGGCGUGGGUGGAGUUCCCCUAAUUCUCUCCGCUGUGAUGCAUGGGCUCCUUCACUGUCAGAUUUAGGCUUCUAUGUCCAACAGAGUGGACUUCUCCCUCUCGCUCCCCUCUGCCUCCCCCCAGGCCACCAGCCACCCCAGACUCCCGGGUUCCAUCCGCCACCGUGCUAACGGUAUAGCCGUCUCCCCGGAGUGCCCAUCUGUGGGGGCACUGCCCCUGCCUUGGUGUCUUCCCUUGGUGUGCUCCUUUGCUCUUUGGGUCCCUUGUCUUGUUUACCAAAGAAGAGUUUACAGACAAUAAAGUGGAAACGUUCA